CACCCAUUCCCCACCACUUACUCGUGGCCGGCUGCCGGCGUGUAAGCGCCGGGUGUUUGGGCUCCCCAGAAAAACACCAAAAAAAAAAUAAAGAAGAAAAAAUAUUGAGAAAAAAAGGGCAAAAAAGGAGAAGAAAAAGAUACGGGGAAAUAGGAAAAAAAGAAAAAAGGGUAAGAAUGGGAUGGGGUCGGAGAUGCGUAUGGGAAGCGGCAGUUCGGACCAUGGCGGAGGGGCUUUGAGAAAAGUCUGAUUUUUUUUCCUUUUUUUUUUUUCAUUGGGGCGAGAGAAGAACAGACGAAGAAAGAAAGAAGAACAACAAGCUCUUUGCUUCGGCUGCUACCGUCUCUUCUCAGCUUCUCUCCGCCCUGCUAAAAAAAACCCUAAUUUCACCCUCUUGGCAAACUCUUAUCUCGUUUCUUGAGGACAGUUACAAUUGAUCUAAAGUUAUAUGUAAACAAACAAGAUAGCAUAUUGAGUUUCUAUUUCCUGGCUGCCUUCUUGGGAGAUCGUGCACUUCAGAAAUCCUCAAGUGAUUUGUAAGAUAGUAAACAGUUGAGGUAAAUUAUGUGCUGGCCUCCUGAUGCUCAGGAAUGGGUUUGAUUGAAAAUAUUGGAGUCAAAUCAUAUUGGACAGACGCAUCUUUACCAUGCUUGAUGGUGAGAAGUUAUUUAUUCUGGGUUGUAAACUCGACAUUUUGAAAGAUUCUUGUUCGCGUAAAUCUGGCAAUCUGGAAGCUGGUAGAAAGUCCCACUGGCCAUAUAAUUUUACCUCUCGAGAGAUGAGGGGUAGAUGGAACCUCUUUAGGUUCCUAUUGCAGAAGGUCAUAUGGGUUGUUCUAAUCUUCCAUCUAAAAAUUGAUCAGUGCUGGUCUCUCAAUCUUGAAGGCUUGGCGUUGUUGGACUUCUGUUCAAAAGUGGAAACAGAUCCCUUUGGUGCCUUAUCUAACUGGAACCCGGCUGACAAUGACCCUUGUGCAUGGUCUGGAGUUCAUUGCUUGGAUGGGAGUGUAAAGAAGCUGGAACUAAAAGGCCUUUCUUUAGGAGGGACACUGUCAUCUGAGCUUGGAAAGCUCAAUCAGUUGACAACUCUUGUGUUAUCGAAAAACCAUUUCUUUGGUGCCAUCCCCAUGGAGAUCGGGGAAUUGACAAAGCUGGAGAUAUUGGACCUGAGCGAUAAUUGCUUGAGUGGAUGGAUACCAAAAGAAGUCGGCAAUAUAUCACCACUUAAGAUGCUACGUCUUAGCCACAACAGGUUCCAGGGUGGCCUACCUCAAGAGAUUGGAAAGCUCAAGUUACUGUCUGUGCUGCUGGUUGACCAAAAUCUUGCAUCGGGUGCUUCUCCAGAAACAUUCGCCUGGAGCAGAAAACUCGGUCUGAGCAGGGGUGGUUCAAUUUAUAAUGAUGAGAAGAGUGAUGGCAACUUAUCUGCAGGUUCAGCUGUGCCAUACUUAACACAAGGGAUAAAGCUAGUUGUGGAAUCUGUUCGCCGCAAACUACUCCAGGAAUCUAGUAAUCUUCCUGCUGUCCCUAUUGGUGGUGUACCUGAACCCACAAGCGUCCCCUCUACAGGUAGCGGUUCAUUUCCUGCAGUCCCUAGCAACAGUGAGACUAGUGGAGUAUCUCCUGUACAUUCUCCAUCUCCAUCUCCUUCUCCUGCAAAUGUCCCUUCUAGUGAUCCAUUGGCCAAGAAUCCCUCUUCUCCAAAAUCUCCUGUGUUUGCUGAGAAGCCAUCUAAUUCAUCGGACAAUCAUUCAACUUCUUCAACUAAAAACUCCUCCAAAAUGUGGGUUUAUGUUGUUGUUCUCCCUGUUGUUUCAGUCAUUGCAAUCGCCUGUGUAGCCAUUCUUUGUGUGUGCCGUAAUCGUGGGGCAUCGACCAUUGGGCCUUGGAAAACUGGUCUCAGUGGGCAGUUGCAGAAAGCAUUUGUAACAGGGGUGCCUGAGCUCAAUCGUUCAGAACUUGAAGCAGCUUGUGAGGAUUUCAGCAAUAUUAUUGGUUCAUUGCCAGAUUGUACGGUGUUUAAGGGGACAUUGUCGAGUGGAGUUGAGAUAGCAGUUGCUUCUACUACUGUACCAUCUGCCAAAGAAUGGUCAAAUCGUGCUGAGAUCCAUUUCAGGAAAAAGAUUGACACACUGUCACGACUGAACCACAAGAACUAUGUGAAUCUCAUUGGCUACUGUGAGGAGGAUGAUCCUUUUGUGAGAAUGAUGGUUUUUGAGUAUGCGCCCAAUGGAACCCUUUAUGAGCAUCUGCAUGUUAAAGAAGUUGAACAUUUGGACUGGACUGCAAGAGUGCGGAUUAUCAUGGGCAUGGCGUACUGCCUUCAGUAUAUGCACCAUGAGCUAAACCCUCCUGUGGCACAUCCUAACUUGAACUCUAAUGCAAUCUAUUUAACGGACGACUUUGCUGCCAAGUUGGCAGAUUUUAGCUUCUGGAAAGACUUUGUGUCAAGGGGGAAGUCCACUGGCGAUGAUGACAGCGACAAUUCUGAUUUUCCUUUUGCUGACCCUGAUAGCAAUGUCUAUAGCUUUGGCAUACUUUUACUUGAAAUCAUCUCUGGGAAGCUUCCUUAUUCCAAGGAACAGGGACUGCUUGUCAACUUGGCUAUUGAUUACAUGAACGACAAAAGGAGCAUCAGCUACAUGAUAGAUCCCACUUUGAAGUCGUUCAAGAACAAGGAGCUCGAUGUUAUCUGUGAGGUUAUACAAGAGUGCAUACAACCUGACAUUAAGCAAAGACCUACAAUAAAGGAAAUAACUGCAAAAUUGAGAGAGGCCAUUCCGAUCUCACCUGAUGCGGCUACCCCGAGACUCUCCCCUCUUUGGUGGGCCGAACUUGAGAUCCUCUCAGUGGAAGCCAGCUAGCCACAUCUAGCAUUGUGUUCCUCUCUCUCCUCCUCUCUCUCUCUCUCUCUCUAUUUCUCCCCCCUUUGUAAGUGCCUCUGUAUCUUUUAUAUGACCAUGCUGUAUAGUCUUUCUUUGCUUUUCCUUUUCCCUUGUGAUAUUUUCAACCUGCUGUUAUGUUUUACAAUGGCCCGAGCUUUCUCUCUUGUAACCACCAUCCACAAUUCUUUUCAUUCUUUCCCUAUUUCUUUCUAUUUUUUUGCCCCCAAUAUAUCCCAAUAAAGUGUGACCUAUGUUGUCAACUAAUACAUGUGUAUCUACAUACUGUAACGUAAGAUGGCGAAAUUGGUUUCAGUCUUUUGUGUAUUAACGUACAAGUUUGUGCAAUAUGCAAAAUACUAGAUACUUUUUCCUUAGGCUGUUGCAAAGUGUAAAUUAUUUUGGAUCCUUUUGAGUUAUUGCAUUUCUUUUCCUUGAUUCAAA